AUGCCGGGCGAAGAUACUACGCCCUCCCGAACACCCACUAACCCCGCCAGUCGCGCAGGCAUGUCGCUGGCCGCCCUCGGACUCGAUAAUCGUGUGCUAAACCGCCCUCUUGACGACUGGGUACGGCAACCCGACGUAUCUGCUCGAUUGGUUCACUUUGACGAGAAUUUUCUGCGGGAACUAGAGCAGAUCGAUACCGAGAGCCUGUUGGACGCGGCGAGUACGAUCAAGAGCGGGUCGAUGGCUCCUGCGCUCCUCCACCAGUCCAACGGUUCGACCCACAACCCACCCUCACUACGCUCUUGCUACACCGAAGCAACGCCCACCGAGACAAGCAUAAGCACCGGACUUGUCAGCCACUUCUCUGGCGUCCCGCUGCUCGAAGACAACAAUGGCAUACUAGAGAUACCCCGCGCGCAGUUCAGAACACCAGUCUACGAAUGUGCUUUCUGGUUCCUGAACUGCGGUUACAUCUCGCAGAACAAAGAGGAGUGGGAGACACAUUGCUCGUCGCACUUCCGCGGCGAGGAACCACCUCAGACGGUUCAAUGCCCGUUGUGUGAUUGGGAAGUGACAUGUGAUUUGGGCCGACAUGCGUGGGGUAUGCGCAUGCAUCAUUUGGCAUACGAACAUACCAUGCGGGGCCAGACGCUGCGGACAUCGAGGCCAGACUUCAGGCUCUUCGAAUACCUGUGGCGGAUGCGGUUGAUCGAUGCUGAGGACUUGAAGGAGUUGAAAGGCGGAAAUCACAACUUGACUCAUCCUCCUGGGAACUUUGUUGAGAUGAACGGUCGCAGGCGUGAGAGGGGUGACAGGACACACCGGACACAGCAUGCGAGAGCACCGAGACCGCUCGAACCGCGCCGACACUGA